CGGGGGAAAAGAUGAUCUGCUUGUUGUUGUUUUUCAGAGUCCUUUUAUCAACAGAUGGGUCCAAAGUCCCGAAUCUCUGAGUUUUUCGGAACAUCUUGGGGCCGCAGGAGCUUCUGGAUCAUCCAAAUCUUCGGUUCUUGCUCCUUUCUGGGUUUUCCGGAGCGGAUCCAGAACUGUCACGCCGCUGUUCUCGCGCGCGCGUGCGCGCGUGACAGCUGAGCACGCGGGAACCCGCUCCACAGGUCUUCCCGGUGACUCCCCGCCUCCUCUCAGCCGCUCCGCAGCAGUUCGGCUGCGGGUCUCCUCCGGCGGACAGCAUGAGCAGGUCGCUGAAGAUCGGGCGCCUUUUCCGGUCCAGCUCCUCCGACAAGAAGGACUCCCUGACCGAUGAGGCCCCGCACCGGGACGGCCCCGGGGCGUGGACCCCGGGAGCCGCUCCCGAGGGACCCGCGGACAGCGCUACACUGUCCCGGGAUGCUGAGCUUGUUUCCCCGGCGAAAGGAAUGAAGAGAAUCGGACUGCUGUCGUUACGGAGGAAGAAGAAGAAAGCCCGGCAGAGUGAGGAGGUCUUCCUCCAGGACGACCGCGAGGAGGAUCCAGAAGACCCCAUCGCCUUCGACCAGAGGAGUGUUUGCACAGAGGGCAGCUUCCCGGCAGCUCUGGACGGACCGGACCCCCACUCCGACUGCUCUUCUAUGAUCAGCGUAGACAUGAGUCAGCCUGGCAGCCCCAUGUCCCCCUCCAGGGGCUUCAAGAUCUCUGGGGAAAAAAAGGGAAUGCUCGAUCGCUUCACCAACUUAUUCAGCGUCCGCAGGAAAAAGAGCAGCAGUAAACAUCAUUCGGACGCUUCGGUGAACUCGAGCUCGCCGACGUCGCCCGUGUCGCCACACUUUAUCCCGUUUCAGCAGCGGGAUGGCGGAGCAGCAAACCCAGCAGAGUCCCAGAACAUGAAGAAGAGUGGAGACGGCGUCAGCCAGAGCUCCAGCCUGUCCUCCCUUAAGACAGAUGACGGCGAUCUACCGUUUGCAGACAGUAACAGCAGCGGGGGGGGCAGUGUGAGGGAGCUGAGCGUGGGUCCUGUCAACGGGGAGAGAGGGCGGGACGGGGCUGCAGCGCUUCCCUCCGCCAGCUCGUCACAGAAGGUCUUUUCAGACUCAGUCAUGGAGGAGGUCAGUAAAAGGCUGCAGGUAGACCUGAAAGAGACGAAGGUCCUAAGUCCCAGUGAGGACAAGCCGUUCAGCCCCACCACGCUCGUGUCUCUAAACAUCCCAGUUUCCAUGGCAACGGAGACCCCAAAGUCUCCUAAUUUAACCUCCAUCAGCUUGGGAUCCAAGAAAACUCUGGUGAAGACAGGAGAAAAAGGCCACAGCACCGCUCUGAGAGGGAUAACCUUAGCCUCGUCUUCAUCGCGUGGCGUCACAGCUCAGCAGGAAGUGGAACCGGAAAGCUCGGGAGGCGGGACCACGGCCGUGACAUCAUCCAGAAGCUUCACGGGGGAGGCGGCAGCCGCUGCAUGGAGCCAUCCACCAACCACUGACAGCCAAAGGGGAGGGGGGCCGCCUGCUCUGCCUUACAAAGCCGUAUGGGUGGAAACUCACCUGGGGGAGGAGGAGACGGAGGGGGUGGGGGUGGCAGCAAAGGGUGGCAUGCAACAAGAGGAGAAGGGCUUCAGGGCGGAGUCUCCUCCUUUGCUGGCCAUACCUGUUACUGUGAUACCUGAGGACGACGCAGAACCUGCGGGGGCCCUGAGAGGCCCCUCCACCCUGCCACAGAGGCCUCCUCCUGCCACCCUUCCACGGGCAACCAUCUCCCUGGCAGCGUCUGCGCAGGAAUUUCAAACGGUCCCACGUCGGCCGGAGAAGCCCCAAACAAACAUACGACCACAGCAAGGAUUCCUUCAGGGGAAACGGGGCGUCUGGGAAACGUGGCGGACUGUCAGCCUGCCUCCAAACGACACUUUCUUUGCCCAGAAGGUGGUCGUCAGCCCAGAAUCCAGUUUGGAGGAGGAAGAGCUGCCUGCAGGGUCAUCCUCAGAGUCCUUUCACAGAACAGAGGACAAACUAUUACGAGGCCUCCAAAGUAACCGCGACACUGAACUCAAAGACAACAGCUCACUAACAACCACACAGGACAGCAGACAGCCGCACAGCAGACAGCUGGAAAACAGACAGCCAGACAGCAGACAGCUGGAAAACAGACAGCCGGACAGCAAACAGCCGGAAAACAGACAGCCAGACAGCAGACAGCCGGAAAACAGACAGCCAGACAACAGACAGCCAGACAGCAGACAGCCGGAAAACAGACAGCCAGACAACAGACAGCCAGACAGCAGACAGCUAGAAAACAGACAGCCGGACAGCAGACAGCCGGAAAACAGACAGCUGGAAAACAGACAGCCGCACAGCAGACAGCCAGACAGCAGACAGCCGGAAAACAGACAGCUGGAAAACAGACAGCCGGACAACAGACAGCCGGACAGCAGACUGCCGGACAACAGACAGCCGGAAAACAGACAGCCGGACAACAGACAGCCGGAAAACAGACAGCUGGAAAACAGACAGCCGCACAGCCAGCCGCACAGCAGACAGCCGGAAAACAGACAGCUGGAAAACAGACAGUUGGAAAACAGACAGCCAGACAGCAGACAGCCGGAAAACAGACAGACCAACAGCAGACAGCUGGAAAACAGACGGCCAGACAACAGACAGCCGGACAGCAGACUGCAGGACAACAGACAGCUAGAAAACGGACAGCCGGACAACAGACAGCCGGACAACAGACUGCCGGACAACAGACAGCCGGAAAACAGACAGGCAGACAACAGACAGCCGGACGACAGACAGCCGGACAGCAGACUGCCGGACAACAGACAGCUGGAAAACAGACAGUCAUGA